CAGGGGCGGACUGACAACUCAUGGGGCCCCCGGGCAAUAGGGGAUCAUGGGGCCCCUGUGUCCUUGCCCAAACUCAAAAAAAGCCUAUGAAAAAGGUACCAGGGGCAUCUCAUGGGGCCCCCUACUGACCCCGGGCCCUCGGGCAGUGCCCGAGUUUCCAAAUGGUCAGUCUGCCCCUGGUUGAACGUCAUGAACUUGGUAUUAAUAAGUUUUAUUUGGGAUACGUACUUAGCAAAGUCUGACUUGUCAGUUCUUGUCAUGAAAGAGCAUUUUUCCGUUUUGGCGAUGUCUAUCCUAAUUUAUUUUUUU